UUCUCGAAUCCCAUUGUUGUCACCCAUCUUCUCCUCACGACACUUUCAUCUGCUCUGGGCCCUGCCCUCUCCUCAGGUGUCUGGCCCCAGAGCUUGCUAUAUAGUAGGAGUUAUGCAAAUAGGGCCCUCCCCUGCUGAUGAAAACCAGCCAAACCCUGGCCCUGCAGAUGUGGGAGAGGAGCCCCAGCCCCGGGAUUCCCAAGUGCUUCUGCUUGCUGAUCAGGACUGCACACAGGACUCACCAUGGAGUUGGGCUUGAGCUGGAUUUUCCUUCUUGCUAUUUUAGAAGGUGUGCAGUGUGAGGUGCAGCUGGUGGAGUCUGGGGGAGGCUUGGUCCAGCCUGGCGGGUCCCUGAGACUCUCCUGUGCAGCCUCUGGAUUCACCUUCAGUAGCUACUGGAUGAACUGGGUCCGCCAGGCUCCAGGGAAGGGGCUGGAGUGGGUCUCACGUAUUAAUAGUGAUGGGAGUAGCACAAACUACGCCGACUCCGUGAAGGGCCGAUUCACCAUCUCCAGGGAGAACGCCAAGAACUCCCUGUAUCUGCAAAUGAACAGUUUGAGAGCUGAGGACACGGCUGUGUAUUACUGUACUACAGACACAGUGAGGGGAAGUCAGCGUGAGCCCAGACAAAAACCUCGCUGCAGGGCAUCUGAGACCACGAGGGGGUGUCCUGGGCCCUGUGAACUGGGCUGUUCUCUGUGGCAGGGGCUGGUGGUGCUAAAGGCUGACUUUCUCUCAGCAUCUGGGGCUGCCUCAUCAUCAAGUUUCCUCAGAGACCCUUUCAGAUUUACAAUUCUGUACUCACACUUAAUGUCUCUGAAUGUGACACUUUUUUCCCCGGUGUUUCUUUGCUUUUGUGACAAGAGGACACAUUCUCACCACCACGGAAGCCUGAGUGUCACUUUGGGCACAGAAAUGACCCUCUCUGGUCACCAGAAUCAGAGUCCCGAGGAAGCUCAGGGGAACCUGGGGAGUGUUUUCCAGUCAGACUCAGGGCAGGUGUCUCCAUGGGAAUCUCUGAUUGGAACAGGGUUUUGGAUUCAGAUUGGGACCAAGGGGGAGGUUCAUCCAUCCAGGGCCAGGGUCCUUAGAAUCCUGACAGUUUUCACAGUAAUCCCAUCAUCCUUUAAAACUGAACAUUUGACUCAGAAUUCAUCCAUUUGGUCCUUUCUCUGCUAAUCAAUUUUCCUUUUCUCUAGUUUUCAUUCUUACACUUCCCUUUUCUCCUUUGUUCUUAAAAUGGAGGGUGCGCUUCCUGUGGUCUAAACCGCAGGCCUCAGAUACGUUACCUGGAACUCAGGUGUGGCUCAGGUUGUGGCUCCUGAGGACCUGGCAAGCUGAGGGGUCUUUCUCAUUCCCGGUUGCCUGGACGCCCCUGCUGUCCUCUAUGCAUGGACGCAUUUGGGCACAAGUGGACACUCCUAGUUGUGUCCUCAAAUGGGACACUGAUGUCGAGAUGAUCUUGUGCUUCUCACCCUGUCACAGAGCUCCCCCUCACCUGUGAUUUUUGGGAGAGCUGAGGAUGACUUUGUUGUGCUGCGAGCUCGGCGUGACAGCAAUUGUGAGGUCUGGCUAGGCACAGCCAGAGCCGGUGGAGCCGGCCAUCAGGAAGGACAAGCUGGAAUUCCUGGGAAGCCCUACAGCUGCUGUCCACCAUAGAGUUCCAUUGUCUCCUCUUCUGCUAGGAUUAAAUCAAACCGAACAAGUUCAUCUAGGACAAUCUUCCUGACCUAGAGAAAAGUGAUGACAGGCUUUAAUAACACCUGUAUUAUACCAUCAGAGCAACACCUAUAUUAGUGUUUGAUUGAAUAACUGAGACUCUGUCCCAGUCAAGGUGACACACAAAAUAGAUUAUUACCAUGAUUAAUAUGUUAUAUUGAUUAUUUUAAUAUUAAUAUUAAUGCAAGAUUAAUUUAAUAUUAAUUAAUAGUUUAUAUUUGACAAUAGAAUCAGACUCAUGUUAUAAAUAAUUUUGCUAAAAUAUGUGUAUUAUUAUU